GAGCAGUGUUGUCGAAUAUUUCCCUGGGGAAGAUGGUAGUAGGUGUGGUUACUGCAAAUCCUUGGCGUCGUCUUAUUCGCACGUAAUAAAGAAAUAUUAAGAAGACUAAGAUGUCAGAAACUCAGCACAGUAUUGUGGAGUAUAGGGGGAAAAGAGAAAGAGGGCCAUGUGGGUACUGCAGUGGCAGGUGCUCAAAAUACACACAUGGGAUGUGGGCCCAUCGGCUCACCGUUCAGGAUUACCAAGAUCUUAUUGACAGAGGAUGGAGAAGAAGUGGAAAAUAUACAUACAAACCUACCAUGAAAAAGACCUGUUGCCCUCAGUACACAAUUAAAUGUGGAGUGUUGGACUUCCAGUUAAAUAAAUCACAUAAGAAGUGUCUGAAGAAGGUACACAAGUUUUUGAAUACAGGUAUUAGAUCUGGGACAGGUGAUAAUGUAGAGGCCCAAGAAAAAGCUGGAACAUCAACAGUAGCUGGGAAGACUACAAAGGAGAGGCAGAAAGAGAAACAGGAACCAGCACCAGGUAAAGGUCCAGAUCCAACUAAACCUCCGUGCAAAAAAGCAAAAUUACUCAGGUUGGAGAAAAAGAAGCAAAAGCUAGCAAAAGUGCACCAGGAAGGACAGGCAGAAUCACAUGGAUUGAUGGAAAAUCCAAGUGGUAAUUCUCCCAAAUCCAUAGAUCAAUGGCUUAAAGAAUUAUCAACUGAAAAUCCAAAGCAUAAAUUAGAGAUUAGACUUGUAGCUACCCCACACACUGCAAGGAGUGCAAGAGACACUGCAGAGUUUGAUAGCUCAUAUGAACAAUCAUAUGAAAUUUUUAAAAAGUAUCAAAUUGGUAUUCACAAAGAGAAACCUCAUGAAAAUACCAAAAGCACUUACAAGAGUUUCUUAGUCGAUUCCCCUUUGGAGCCUGAAAAACCAUCCAAUGGCCCUAGAUGUGGAUAUGGCUCAUUCCACCAACAAUAUUGGUUGGAUGGGAAACUCAUAGCCGUGGGAGUGAUAGACAUUCUACCUUACUGCGUUUCCUCUGUUUAUCUCUACUAUGAUCCAGACUACGAGUUCUUAAAUCUAGGGACAUACAGUGCUCUCAGGGAAAUUGCUUUCACAAGGUCGCUACAAAAAGAAGCUCCUGAUCUAAAAUAUUACUAUAUGGGAUUUUAUAUACAUUCAUGUCCCAAAAUGAAAUACAAGGGCCAAUAUGUACCUUCAUUCCUUCUUUGUCCUGAAGCUUGCACUUGGGUGCCCAUUGAAGCUUGUACACCAAAACUAGAUGUUAGAAAGUACAACAGGUUUGAAGAUGCAGAUAAAGUUGACGAGAACGGUGUUGUAAACCUGGAUGAAGUUUUAGUGCUGUUUGAAAGACAAGCAAUGCCCUAUACUGUGUACAAGGCACUAAAUCCAAGGGCAAGAGAUGAGGGCGAUGUCAAGGAAUAUGCAGGGUUUGUUGGAAAGAAAUGUUAUCAAAGAAUGCUACUGUUUAGGUCAUAAGAAAUGGAUCCUGUCACAAUUAUUUUUAUAUACAGACACUGUAAGUGUCUGUAUAUAUUCUGAUUGGUCUGUCUGCGUUGUCGCUGUUGCCAUCGCCUGGCUCGAACUCGAGAAUUAUCUCGAGUUCGAGAUAUUAUUAUAUAUAUAAUAUCAUUAUUAGAUUGUACGCGUA